GGAUCUUGGUUGGCCUGGCCUCGCUAUCGGUACGAAUAGUGACUCGAGUGAGACCCACAGUCGCGUGUCGAAUGUGAAUUCGCGAAUGACGUUUUUACGUGAUUCUGCCGAGUUUUCUUCGGGAGGUUUUCGCAUUUGACCUCGCUGCACGCGUUUCGUCGUACAUGUGCUCGAAUGCGGCGCCUACGAUCGUAAUUGAAGAUACACGACGGUCUGACAAUUCGAUUCAAAGAUCAUACACUGUGGUUCUUCCACUGUGUCUAACUGUCUUCCCACCCUCAACAUCCUGCCUAUGAUCAAUGCACUGAGAACUUCUUGUUCGCUACUCAGCCAAUUCCUUCUCAACAUUCAGUAAUUCAUGGUCAUACCAAGGCUUGUUAUCAACGCCCGCGAAUUUUAUGAGAAGGAAUGCAAAUACACGAGAGUGCGAAUGACUUGCAGCACUUGAUUUUUAUUUCUUCGAUGGUGCUCCUGGCAAUCACAAACGCACAAGCGCCACAGAUCUACCAUUCUCUGGCAAGCGCUGUGAUAACUCUGCAAGUGGGAAUCGGACACUCUUCUCUUAGAAGUUCUAUGCAUGUUAACAUUGAAAUAUUUUUGCAUGGGGGAAUCAGACACUUCUAGAAAUUCCAAGAGAACCGGUCGGCCUAUCUUAUCUCGGCAUUAGUGGC